UUGAAAGGUCAUUUGAACUACUAUGGAAAAUAAACAUUCCAAUAAAAUAUAAAGAAAUGAGUUUAUAUUCGUUAUCAGAUUAUUUCGAAGAUAAUUCAAUGUCUCGACGUCGUGGAACGAAAAAUAACGAUAUAAACUACUCGAAAUUACCUACAUCAGAUCAGGGUUUUACGGACGCCCAAUUUUUGGUACCAGCGCAACAAAUACCAUGGAGGGCGAUCGUAUUAGCUACAUUGUUACUCGUCGUGGGUACCAGUUUACUGGUAUUCGGUUGUAUGGUAGCUACUGGACAUAUAGUAGUGCAAUAUGCAAAUAGGAUGUGGCCCAUGAUCAUAUUAGGUACUCUGAUGUUUAUACCCGGAGCUUAUCACGUCAGAAUUGCUUAUUACGCUUAUAAAAAGGUACCCGGGUAUUCUUUCGACGAUAUACCAGAAUUUGAAUGAAUAAAACUUGAAAAUAGUAACAUUAUGAAGAAUUAUUUGUUUAUUGUUAUUAUUUAUUAAAUAUUUUUAUAAAUAAA